CACAUUUGAGGGUGACACACUGAACUGUCUGCAGGAAACAUGGCGGCGCGCUGCAUGCUAAUCCGCAGCGGUCUAACGUUUAGGUUGCAGAACCAGCUGGUUUCUAGAAGGCCUUCAGUAACACCGGUUAGGGAGAAGAAACGAUGGAUGAAAGCGUACACAUACCUCAUGGCCAAGAAGUUAAAGCUGGAAGGACCUCCGCCACCGAAACCACGGUGGCAGCAGCCUAACUGGGAUUACCAUUCAGAGGUUCAUGCUUUCAGCUCCCGUCUCCAUGAAAACUUCUCCAUUGAACUACUUAAAGCAGCCUUCAUCAAUCCGUGCUACGUGCAUGCAGAGCAGGAGAGGAGAAAGCAGCUAGGCGUGGACUCGGAGACCACUGCCCUGGUCCUGAAGGACAAUUUCCAACUGAGUGAAAAGGGAGCGAGCUUCACCAAGAGUUUUUUGACCGACUGGUGCAGGGCAAGCUUUCCUAGUCUUCCACAUGAGGGGGUUGAGGGCAUUGUGGGGCACCUCAUCAGUCCAUCAGUGGUUUGUUAUGUUGCAAGAAAUCUUGGCAUUGAGGAUCUAACGAUGAGUGCGGAAUACCCGGUUGCAGAUGAUGUGCUGGGUUCUACGUUCAUGGCGGUUGUUGGAGCUCUGGAAGAAAGCAGCGGGGCAGAGCGAGCUGCUUUCUUUCUCAGGGAUUUCUUGUUAACCCAGCUGAUAGGAAAGGACUUGUUUGACAUGUGGACUGUGAUGAACCCAAUGGGACUGCUGGUGGAGGAGCUUACAAAGAGAAACCUUCCUCUACCAGAGCCUCGUCUCAUCAGGUCUGCUGGUGCCAAUACUGUCCUGCCGCUCUACUUCGUCGGUUUGUACAGUGACACCAAACUCCUGGCUCAAGGUCCUGGAGAGACUCUUGUUGGAGCUGAAGAGGAAGCAGCACGUGUGGCUUUACGCAAACUUUAUGGCUACACUGAAAACCGCAGACCCUUUGACUUCUCUCCUCCACAGCUGUAUCAGCAGACGUUGCUUCAGUCGGUCACUGGCAACUGACUCAAUCAACAAAAAUCAGAGUAAAAUGCAGAGAAGCUGCAGCUACGACAUAAGAGACAUUUGAUAAAGUCCUUUUUUAAAGGAUUUACCAUAUUACAAUUUCAAUUGACGUUGCUAUGAAAGCCAAGGCUGUCUGUUGUUCAUACAAGGGGUAAAAAUUCUGAGACUAGUUCAUAGCCUAAAACAUCGAGUUACAUUUGAGUUACCUGUAAAUCCUGCAGGUGUGAUGUGCUUUAUAUUCUUCAUGAAAUAAAAUGUAAUGAU